GUCGGCAUCGAGAUCAUGGCUGGAGGCAAAAUUGUAAAAGACAGUGGGAAGGCCAAGGCUAAAGCAGCAUCUCGCUUAGACAGCUGGGCUGCAGUUUCCUGUGGGCUGCAGUUUCCUGUGGGCUGCAUCCACAGACACUUGAAGACUCGCACCAUGAGCCACGGAAGGGUGGGUGCCACUGCUGCCGUGUACAGUGCUGCAAUUCUGGAGUACCUCACUGCCGAGGCACUGGAGCUGGCAGGUAACGCUUCCAAGGAUCUCAAAGUGAAGCGCAUCACUCCACGGCACUUACAGCUCGCAAUCCGUGGUAAUGAGGAAUUGGAUUCUCCCAUCAAAGCAACCAUAGCUGGGGGUGGUGUGAUCCCUCACAUCCACAAAUCUCUGGUUGGAAAGAAGGGACAGCAGAAAACAGCUUAGAAGACUGUUGUAACAAACCCUCUUCCUCCCCCACCUUGUACUGUAACAGAAGAAAUAAUGGGGAUAUGUGGAAUUUUAAAAACCAGUUAAAUGGAAAAGCAUAGACAAUUACUUGUAGACAUGAUAAAAAGAACCAUUUGUAUGUUCUUAGACUCAAAGUUUGAUAAAAGUACCUUUUCAUGUGGUGACAGUUGUGUGUUGAUUGGCUAGGUUCCUCCCAUGUGUUUCAUACAAAAAUGGAAUCGAAAAACCAUCUUUUACAAAAAUUGAUUUGUCUCAAAACUGUUCUGUUUAUAAUAUGCUGAAAAUAUUUUGCUCAGACUUUGACAUGU